AUGUCGCUCUCGAACACACAAUCUCCUAGUCCUCGGAGGCCUGUUCAGCACGUUCCUUUGUUGACUACACCCAAGUCAUUCCCACCGACCUCAUCACUGAAUGGGAGCCACCGCCGCGGCGCAAGCAUAACAUCAAAUCCUAUCCACAUCUUAGAAAAAACGCAGCAGGUCAGCGACGAGCUGGACUGCUGGCCUUCAGAUCCGACCUUCAAUCUCCCAGUUGCCAGCCCCGGAGCGAUACAGCAACCCACAAACCUGUUCAGCUUCGAAGAGGACACAUCUCAUCACGACUCUUCCUUUGACGACUUCCUGACUACAGAAUGCUCGUCGGACAACCACGUCAGCGAACAUACUACCCCUCAAGAGCUUAUUUGGGAACGGCAGUUUGUGUUCCAAGAGACGUCUCAACCUCAAAUGAGUGAUUAUGGCCACCGCGGAUACGUGACGGGCCAAGGGCUCCAAAGAGAUGACUACCCCGAAUUGCGAGGAAUCUCCAACAAGGUUGUAUCUGGACAAGAGUUGCCGAAUCCAAAGUUGGGUAUAUCGACGGUACACUCUCCGCGUGUGUCAGGGGAUGCAUCAUUGAUCGAGAAUCCAUCCGUGCCCGGCUCCUUCAUGCUCUUUGGUCAGAAAGGAGCGUCUCAAAACCUGACGGUCGCGACGACUGUGGGUCGCGUCCAAUCUCCCAAUCACGAAGGAGCUCGUUGGCAAGCUCCCUCGCCCAAUCUCCGUGCUCCUAGUCCGGUCGUGAUGGUGUCCAGCUAUGAGGCGACCGACGCAGAUCAUGAUGUGCUGUCAUAUGAGGUUCAAAGUUCCAGUAAGCGCAGCCGUGACGCCGAGGGCUUCGAGAAUGAAGAUAACGGAGCCGGUGCCGAAAUGGGUUGUGGAGACAUUGCCGACUCAUCUCACUUGGUGCUCCCCUGCCCGGUUGAUAGUAGCAGUGCACGUACUGAUCUCACGCAAAGGACCGGUCUGGAGCCAUCCCAACGAAGCGACGACGUGGUUCUGUCAAUUAAAGAUAUCGACGAGCAACGCCAACGAGAUGAACGCAACGCCGAGGUGCAAACUUGGCUUGAAACAAGCGAUGCUGGCAGCGAACCGGACAAGGAUUCUUCUGCAGGAUAUAUACGCCGCCUACCUUCUGGUACGCGGCGCCGUGCUCAUACCACCGGCCGCGUGGAUGUUCUUGGCCGGGUCUACUGUGACCAGGACAUCCCUGGGCCGGGUGUACUGGUGGAGGUGGAAUCGGACGAUGAGUACUCGGACGAAGUGUCCGUAACCUCGUCGCAGGUCAUGGGCCAUACUGCGCAUAUUCUUGAUGCUUAUUACAAGUCGGACUCGCCACAGAUGUCGCCGCAGGCGCUUUAUAGCCGUGACUCGCCGGAGAAGACUUCCUUGCCUACGCUUGAGGACGAAAUACCCCCGGAGAUGCAAGAGCCUCUUCCCCGACAAUUCUACAGACGCGGCCCAUGGCAGGAUCCUGUGCGAGGUCCAGUGAGUGAUGUGAGAGAUCAACCAUACACAUCGAAUGCGGCUGCCUAUAGGUUCAAUCAAGAAGUAGUCAAGUGGGAGACCGCCUCGAGAGCGGCCACGUGGGGAACGCGACGGCGUCUAAGCGAAAGCGAGAUACGCUCCAUCGUGGAGGGGAGUCAAGUGCGACAUCUGUCUCUCUCGAAGCGCGGGCGGGAACGAGGCAAUAGUAUCCUGAACAAGGCUCGAGGGCUGUUGCCCCGCCGCAGCAGCAGCAAUGUGAAGCCAGAGCCGUCGGGAGAAGCUUCGGAAUCCUCCCCGAAAGGACAUGCUCAUCGAACCUCGUUCGGGACCAUUAAACAUGUGCAAAGGAAGCCCAGUUUCGGUAACAAACCGAAGUCACCCCCACUGAACACGGGCAGCGCGUUGAUGGCAAUGACCGGGCAGCUCGCCGCAAUUGGGCGAGGCACCCCAAUGACGCAGGAUCCCGAGUCAUAUCACUCCUCGGGACCGUUGCAAGCUCUGAAAAAACAACGCUCCAAGAGUGACGUGUCCAAGCACGGCAAGACUUCUACACCAGGGUUGACGGAACUGAUGACAAGACACGGGGGACCACCCAUCCCAACACUGGCAUCUCCCAUGCAUGAACGCGAACCCAUCGUUGCUGCGCAGGUAAUUGACAACGAAGAUGCGGCUGCGGACGACGACGAUGACGAUCAGGCGGACGAGGUCGCCAUCCGAAUGGACCUCGAGAUCCGCGCCGAGGACAUCACACCAACUCUGGAGGGCUUCAAAGACCAUGUGCGGAGGCUCAAUCCUCGUCUGGAGCCAUAUCUGAUUGAGCGGGUUGGACAGGAGCAGACCCGACGGUACAAGAAGCUGGUGGAGAACAAGAUCAAACACACCCGGGCUGUUCAAAUGAGCCACAAGUGUCCAUCUGGGAAGUUUUGUUUUGAACUGGGAGGGGAGGCGGUGCUUCUGGCACCUCGAGCAAGCUCGAAGGACCGGGACGCGACUCUCACCCAAUUCCAAGUGUACAAUCUUGGCGACCACGAGAUUGAUGAGUCGAACUUUACGGAAGGGAUUGUCACUCCUGCCCUCUUCCCUCCCGGGAUCCCGUUACCGCCGGCCAACCGACUGCCGGCGGAAUUUGAAUGUUCGCUGUGUUUCAAGGUGAAGAAAUUCCAGAAGCCGUCGGACUGGACCAAGCAUGUGCAUGAAGACAUCCAGCCCUUCUCCUGUACCUUUCCCCAUUGCACGGAAUCCAAGUCAUUCAAACGCAAAGCGGACUGGGUGCGGCACGAAAACGAACGACACCGUCACUUGGAAUGGUGGAAGUGCAGCAUCCAGGAAUGUUCGCACACGUGCUUCCGGAAGGACAAUUUUGUGCAACACCUUGUACGCGAGCAUAAGAUGAAGGAGCCUAAGGUCCGAAGCCGGGGAUCUGGCAGCAGCAAGAACAAGGCCGUGAACAAUACCGCCUGGUCGAUCGGGCAAGAGGACACGGAGCUGUGGAGCUUCGUUGACUCUUGCCACCGGGAGACCAGCAACAAGUCCCGGGACGAACCCUGUCGGUUCUGUGGGAAUGUGUGUUCGAGUUUCAAAAAGCUGUCGGUACACAUGGGCAAACAUAUGGAACAGAUUGCCAUGCCUGUGCUGAAACUAGUCAAUAUGCGUGAAGUGGCGCCCGACACCAUCAUCAGUCCUAUUGACCAGACGCCGACGACAGCCUUCACGUUUGCAACAGGCCCCGGGGCGAUGCACACGAUGGACGGCAACAGUCUUUCUCCGUAUCCUGCGAGUGCGGCCUCGGCGUACCAGACAUCGUCAGCAGGACAGUCGCCCGCAUCGGUGCCUCGGCGGACUCGAAACGGGGGAUAUCAUUUCGAGCGUGGCUUUUACAGUCCGCACGCGUUGCCCUCGGUGGUGCAAGGGCACAUGACAGGUCAAUCCUAUGAAGGUCCGGUCGGUCCGGCAUCACAGUCGCACGUGUACAUUGGGCCUUCAAACUACAUGCAGCCCGGGGACGUGGGACACCAGCACGACUACAAUGUCUCCCCGCAGAGUGCGACGGUGACUCCACGUUCGCAGCUGGUCACGAGCGGAUAUAACCAACACUUCUUCGAUCUAACGGGCUCAGAUUACGCGCAAGGGCCAAUGGCCGGUGUGUACCCGAGUGUGCAUGUGACGCCCGGGUUUGGCGCGCAAUACGGCUCGCCGAUGCUGCACGACCCUUCAGGCCAUUCGCCCAUGGCAGUGGACAGCAGGUCCGGGCUCGGGUUACAGACGAUGAAUCAGAACUAUACAUUCGGAACGGCUGGCCAUGAGGACGCAGGUCCGCACAUUCAGUACACACAGUGA